AUGAAUGACGACAAGGACGUGCUGGUUUUUGUUAUGAGUGUCUACGAGUUCGCGAAGACGUGUCCCGAGCAAACACGGGACUUUGUCUACGUUAAUUACAUCGACUCCGUCGCGUACGUGCAGCCCAAAAGGUGUUCCAGGAGGCUGGUCUCGUAUCUAGAGUCGGCAAAGAACCGUGGAUUCUACGCCGCUUACAUCUGGGCGUGCCCUGCGGAACGAGGUCAAGACUAUGUCCUUUAUCGCCACCCUGUCGACCAGAUGAUGCCCGACAAGGACCGUCUUCAGGCUUGUUGCAGAUUGAUCCACACCAACAAAAAUCAAUCGUAG